ACUUACAAUCUGACAACACUUACAAUCUACUCAGAACAACCUCUCUCUCUCCAGCAGAGUGUGUCACCUCCUGCUUUAGGACCAUCGAGCUCUGCUAACUGAAUCUCAUCCUGAUUGCAGGAUCACAUUGCAAAGCUUUCACUCUUUCCUACCUUGCUUGUGGGUAAAUCUCUUCUGCGGAAUCUCAGAAAGUAAAGUUCCAUCCUAAGAAUAUUUCACAAAGAAUUUCCUUAAGAGCUGGACUGGGAUCCUACGAUGAUACACCAACCACUUGUGCUACCACCUGUCAAAACUUUGGAUGGCCCUACUUUCAGCUUCUGUUGCAUGAGUAAAAGUAACGCAUUUUCUAAUUUGAUUCAUGGAGAGGAGAAUUCUUCCCCUGAUAUUUGAGCACCUGAUAACAUUUAUGACCAAGAGUCUGCUCUACUGUCUUGACCCCUGAAUUUAAGAAAUUCUUAAAGACAAUGUCAAAUAUGAUCCAAGAGACAAUGUGAUUUGAGUCUGGAGACAAUUGUGCAUAUCGUCUAAUAAUAAAAACCCAUACUAGCCGAUAGAAGAGAAAACAAUAUUCGAAAGAUUGCUACCACUAAAAAGAAAACUACUACAACUUGACAAGACUGCUACAAACUUCAAUUUGUCAACUACAACUUGACAAGGUUGCUAUAAAACAAGAUUGCUACAACUUCUAGUUUAUGUUAUACAGCAUAUUUCAUUUUGGCUUAAUGAUGGAGAAAAAGUGUACACUGUAUUUUCUGGUUCUCUUGCCUUUUUUUAUGAUUCUUGUUACAGCAGAAUUAGAAGAGAGUCCUGAGGACUCAAUUCAGCUGGGAGUUACUAGAAAUAAAAUCAUGACAGCUCAAUAUGAAUGUUACCAAAAGAUUAUGCAAGACCCCAUUCAACAAGCAGAAGGCGUUUACUGCAACAGAACCUGGGAUGGAUGGCUCUGCUGGAACGAUGUUGCAGCAGGAACUGAAUCAAUGCAGCUCUGCCCUGAUUACUUUCAGGACUUUGAUCCAUCAGAAAAAGUUACAAAGAUCUGUGACCAAGAUGGAAACUGGUUUAGACAUCCAGCAAGCAACAGAACAUGGACAAAUUAUACCCAGUGUAAUGUUAACACCCACGAGAAAGUGAAGACUGCACUAAAUUUGUUUUACCUGACCAUAAUUGGACACGGAUUGUCUAUUGCAUCACUGCUUAUCUCGCUUGGCAUAUUCUUUUAUUUCAAGAGCCUAAGUUGCCAAAGGAUUACCUUACACAAAAAUCUGUUCUUCUCAUUUGUUUGUAACUCUGUUGUAACAAUCAUUCACCUCACUGCAGUGGCCAACAACCAGGCGUUAGUAGCCACAAAUCCUGUUAGUUGCAAAGUGUCCCAGUUCAUUCAUCUUUACCUGAUGGGCUGUAAUUACUUUUGGAUGCUCUGUGAAGGCAUUUACCUACACACACUUAUUGUGGUGGCCGUGUUUGCAGAGAAGCAACAUUUAAUGUGGUAUUAUUUUCUUGGCUGGGGAUUUCCACUGAUUCCUGCUUGUAUACAUGCCAUUGCUAGAAGCUUAUAUUACAAUGACAAUUGCUGGAUCAGUUCUGAUACCCAUCUCCUCUACAUUAUCCAUGGCCCAAUUUGUGCUGCUUUACUGGUGAAUCUUUUUUUCUUGUUAAAUAUUGUUCGCGUUCUCAUCACCAAGUUAAAAGUUACACACCAAGCGGAAUCCAAUCUCUACAUGAAAGCUGUGAGAGCUACUCUUAUCUUGGUGCCAUUGCUUGGCAUUGAAUUUGUGUUGAUUCCAUGGCGACCUGAAGGAAAGAUUGCAGAGGAGGUAUAUGACUACAUCAUGCACAUCCUUAUGCACUUCCAGGGUCUUUUGGUCUCUACCAUUUUCUGCUUUUUUAAUGGAGAGGUUCAAGCAAUUCUGAGAAGAAACUGGAAUCAAUACAAAAUCCAAUUUGGAAACAGCUUUUCCAACUCAGAAGCUCUUCGUAGUGCGUCUUAUACAGUGUCAACAAUCAGUGAUGGUCCAGGUUAUAGUCAUGACUGUCCUAGUGAACACUUAAAUGGAAAAAGCAUCCAUGAUAUUGAAAAUGUUCUCUUAAAACCAGAAAAUUUAUAUAAUUGAAAAUAGAAGGAUGGUUGUCUCACUGUUUUGUGCUACUCCUAACUCAAGGACUUGGACCCAUGACUCUAUAGCCAGAAGACUUCAAUAUUAAAUGACUUUUUGAAUGUCAUAAAGAAAAGCCUCACAUGAAAUUAGUAGUGCGUUGAUAAGAGUGUAACAUCCAGCUCUAUGUGGGAAAAAAGAAAUCCUGGUUUGUAAUGUUUGUCAGUAAAUACUCCCACUAUGCCUGAUGUGAUGCUACUAACCUGACAUCACCAAAUGUGGAAUUGGAGAAAAGAACAAUCAACUUUUCUGAGCUGGUGUAAGCCAGCUCCAGCACACCAUUGCAUGAAUUCACAAACAAAUGACUGUAAAAGUAAAUAUACAUGUUGGGCAUGAUUCUACCCUUAUUGCCCCAAGAGACCUAGCUAAGGCCUAUAAACAUGAAGGGAAAAUAAGCUUUUAGUUUUAAAACUCUUUAUCCCAUCUUGAUUGGGGCAGUUGACAUUUUUUUGCCCAGAGAGUGCUGUAGUCCUUUUUGUAACUACCCUCUCAAAUGGACAAUACCAGAAGUGAAUUAUCCCUGCUGGCUUUCUUUUCUCUAUGAAAAGCAACUGAGUACAAUUGUUAUGAUCUACUCAUUUGCUGACACAUCAGUUAUAUCUUGUGGCAUAUCCAUUGUGGAAACUUGAUGAACAGGAUGUAUAAUAUGCAAUCCUACUUCUAUAUCAUUAGGAAAACAUCUUAGUUGAUGCCACAAAACACCUUGUCAACUUCUUCCUGUCUUACCACACAGUGGGAGGGAAUUUGUACCUGUAAAUAUAAAUUUUGUCCCUUCCAUUUCUACUGUAUAAACAAAUUAGCAAUCAUUUUAUAUAAAGAAAAUCAAUGAAGGAUUUCUUAUUUUCUUGGAAUUUUGUAAAAAGAAAUUGUGAAAAAUGAGCAUGUAAAUACUCCAUUAUUUUAUUUUAUAGUCUCAAAUCAAAUACAUACAACCUACGUAAUUUUUAAAGCAAAUAUAUAAUGCAACAAUGUGUGUAUGUUAAUAUCUGAUACUGUAUCUGGGCUGAUUUUUUAAAUAAAAUAGAGUCUGGAAUGCUAUAUUUGGUAAAUAUUUUAAAGACAACCAGAUGCCAGCAUCAGAAGUCUGUUUGAGAACUAAGAGAACAGAAACAUCUAUCAUAUUUAUUUUAAAAACACAAGGUCACUGUUUUAUUGACUAUAUUUGUUUUGAUAACUCAUACCUUAAUAAUAGGUGUGUUUGACAUAUUUCUUUUUUCAUUUUGACAAUGAACUCACAUUCUAAUCCAGAAAUUUUAAACAACUACUGUGAUAAAUACCAAUCUGCUACUUUUAUAGAUUUUACCCCAUUAAAAUAUUACUUUACUGACUUUUUACUAUGUGAAGAUAUAUAGCUUUGGAAAUGUCCCAGGUUAUUCAAGAAAUAUAAAAAACUAGAAGGAUACAAUAUAUACCAUAUACAAUGCUUUAAUAUUUUAAUAGAGCUACUGUAUAUAAUAUAAAUCAGGGAAAUACUUGAAUAUAUCAUUGAGAAAAAAUUAUUGUCAGAUCUUACUGAAUUAUUGUCAGACCUUAUUAAAUAAAGAUAGAAGAAAACCUUGCUAAUGAAUUAAAGUGAAAUUUGUAUGGGAUUCAGUUUCUCUAAUGUUAUUUUCCGCUGAAAUCUCUAAAGAACAAGAAUGACUUCAAUUAGUAAAAGUCAAUUUUGGGAAAAGUCAUGGGUAUCUGUUUUUUAAGUGUGUCAAUCUGAUUAAAAUGGAUGAAACUAAUGAAUUACUCAUUAUAAGUUGUUUCUUAAGCUGUCAAUAUGUCAAUAGAUGGUGAGUUCAGAACUUAUUUCAAAUUGCUGAGACAAAUUAUCUAAAUUUGUAAGAAUUAACAUAUAGAAUGGUCUGGUCAGUACAUUUAUAAUUUAUCUAUGCAUAAAAAAGUAUUGUUUUGUUUUAAACAUGAAUUUCAUAGCAAGCUGCCAUAGAAAGGAACGCAGGCUGUUCUGGACCUUCAACUGCCUAAAUUAUACAAAAAUUCAUUUUAAUAAACUCAAUUAUUAGCUAUUUAUUAUUCAAAGACCCAUAUUUAAAUCCUUUGCUGACCAUGUUGACAUAUAUCAGCCUUCUUCUAGACAAACUGUCAAGUCUCAACCAUCUUGACAGUAGAAGUGACAGUAAAAAAUGUUGAAUGAUCAGAGAUUAUAUUAAAAUGAACAUGUAAUUUUCAAGUAUUUUUGUUAUGCUUUUAUAAUAUUAAUUCUAGAUCAGAUUUAUUUUAUAGCCAGGGUUUGUCUGUUGUAGAGUCUUGAGGCAUAGCAGUUAUUCAUGAUUAAUCACUGUUAGUUUUGUACCCAUAUAUUUUUAGAAUAGUUUUAAAUGUUACAUUUCUCAAAAGCUGAAUGCUACUUAAUAUCUUUGUAUCAUACUCAUAAAGCAAAGUAAAUCUGACACAUUUUUUAAAGCAAACUUCUUUGCUGUCAAAAAAAUAAAUUUGGGGAAUUUCUAGCUUUUAAAAUGUAGAUCUGCAUUUUACUGUGAUUACUUGUGAAAGUCAUAUUUUAAUUUUCUAAAUUCUAAUUUGUCAUUUUCUUUCCUAAAGUUAAUUUCCAAUGCAUUUAUUCAUAAAAUAUUCAUUCUGGAAUGCAGUGUUUGUUUAAAUGUAAUCCACUGUAUAUAGAAUUAGUGGUGGCUGUAGUGCUGUAUUUAUUGCUUAUAAAUUUUUUUUAAUGUGAACUUUUAAUUUUCUCUUGGUUUUAAUCUGCUAGUAGAAACCACUAGUUAUCUGUAAAAAUAUAUUCAAGAUAUCCUGAUCAAUUAUAACAAUUUAUGUUAUGCCUACUUAGAGUAUAUCUCUAUUUUUUGAUUGUAUGAAAAUAUUAAAGUUAUAAGUUAAAGUUUAUUUUCAUUGAUAUUUACUAGAGUGCCAAAUAAUCUAAUUUAUAAACAUAAUUCUUACAGUAAUCAAUGGGAUACUUCUCAAAAUUAACACAUCUCUUAACAAAAUAUCUCUUUUGCCCUCUUUAAAGUCUUCAGUAAACCAGUAAAUGAAUUCAAUAAACCAAUUAAGAAAAAGUCAUGAUUUGUUUUUCAAACUAAAAAAAUCCAAAUAUACUACAAUGGAUGCAAACUCCUUCCUAUGCUGAAAGAAGAAAAAGGAUGUCUCAAAAUAAGAAAAUGUUUAGAAAUUCAUCUCCUUUGUCUACUAUAUUUCAUCUUGUAGUUUUGUUUAAAUAUUAGAAAGAAAAAUAAGAAAAAUAAGUAUUUAAAGGUAAUUUUUGAAGAGGGCGUAUUCAUAGCUCUCACACAAAUAUAAAAUGAAAAUGUUUCAAAGAUUUUGUUUAACUCAUUAAUUAAUGAAGGAACAAGUAAGAUGUUACAAAAAUUCAAAGGAGAAUUCAAAAUAUCACACUUAUAUGAGAAUAUUAAAAAUGCUGAAAUUAAUUUAUAAAUAAGUGCAAAACCACUCUAUCCUUAGGGCAGUAAUCAGUUGCAUUCCAGUUAAUAACUAAUUUUUAUUUUUAUGACCAAGAAUAAUGUACAUCAUUAUCUGUUUUCUGGAAGAAAAUGCCCAUUUAAAACACUUGCGUUUUUUUCUUAUAAUCUCUCCUCCUUGUGAUUAUACUAAUCUCGAAGAAAGAAUAUUCUUGAUUAAAAAUAUUUCUAGUUUCAUAAGGUUUGGCCUAUUGUUGAGAUAGGUACAUGAGAGUGUUAAUUACAAUAUAGACCUCCUCAAGCUGGUUUUACAAAUCUAGAACCAUAGUGCACUUUUUAACAGCUUCAUUGAGAUAUACUUCACAUAUCAUAUAAUACUUCAUAUUCAAAGCAGUUUUUAGUAUAUUAGUAGAGUAUAUUUUAGUACAUCCAUAGAGACAUGCUACCAUCGCCAAUUUCAUUAUAUUUUUAUGACCUUGAGAAGAAACAGUGUAUCCUUUAGCCAUCACUUCUCUAUCCCUCUAUCUCUACUUUCAUUUCAGCUAUAAACACCACUAAUUUACAUUCUGUCUCAACAGAUUUCCCUAUUCUGGACUUUCAUAUGAUUGUAAUCAUAUAGUAUGUGACCUUUUGUGACUAAAUGAUUUCACUUAUGUUUUUAAAAUUCAUUCAUGUUUUGGCAUGUAUCAAUGUUUCCUUUUAUUCCAUUGGGUGAACAUACCACAUUUUAUUUAUUCAUUUGUCUGUUGAUGGAUAUGUUUGUUUUGCUUUUACCUUUUGGUUAUUAUAAAUAAUAUACCUAUAAA